UCCCCGGGGGAGGGGCAGCGGGAGGACGGAGCGAGCGGCGUUGCGGAGCGGAGCGGAGGGAAGUUUGUGGCGGAGCGGCGGCGGGCGGCCGAGGAUGAGCGGGGAGUGAGCGGAGCGGGAGCCGGGGCUGGCGGGCGGCCACCGACCUGUUGUGGACAUGCUGCGGGUGCUGGUGGUCGCCGCUCUCACGCUGCUGCCCGGACCGGAGGCGCUACCGGCCUGGGACACCGACACCACGGCGGGCAUUGAAUGGUUGACCAAGUUUGGAUACCUGCCACCAGCAGAUCCUGUCACCGGACAACUUCAAAUCCAAGAAGCGUUGACCAAAGCCAUUAAAGCCAUGCAGAAGUUUGCUGGGCUUGAGAUCAACGGAGUGAUAGAUGAGGCCACGCUGUCACUAAUGAAAACCCCUCGCUGCUCCCUACCCGACGUCACUGACAUGGAACUGGGCAGCAGAAAGAGAGCUGUUCACCUCGGGACCAAGUGGAACAAAAGAAAUCUCUCCUGGAGGGUGCGAACAUUCCCCAGGAGUUCCCACUUGGGUCACGAUACCAUACGCGCUCUCAUGUAUUACGCUCUGAAGGUGUGGAGUGACAUGGCGCCGCUCAAUUUCCACGAGGUGGCCGGGGACAACGCAGAUAUUCUGAUCGAUUUCUCAAAAGCCCAGCACAAUGACCAUUACCCUUUCGACGGGCCAGGAGGGGCAGUCGCUCACGCUUUCUUUCCAGGCGAUAACCCUGUGGCGGGGGACGUGCACUUCGAUGAUGACGAGACUUGGUCAUUUAGGUCUUCAGAUCCCCGGGAGAUGGACCUGUUUGCGGUGGCCGUCCAUGAGAUCGGGCAUGCCAUUGGUCUUCCUCACUCCUCGUCCAACCAGUCCAUAAUGCGGCCAUAUUACCAGGGCCCUGUGGGUGACCCUCUCCAGUAUCGCCUGCCUUACAAUGACCAGCUGAAGAUCUGGCAGAUAUACGGUGUCAGAGAGCUGCUGUUCCCCACCAGCCAGCCCCAGAGGGAGAAUUCAUCAGACCACCCGGCGCUGCCAGCACCCUCUCCAGGGAGGCGCCCCACCGCUCAGCCAAGAGCAGAUCUUCCCGACAGAUGCAACACCAACUUUGACGCCGUGGCUGAGAUCAGAGGAGAAGCAUUCUUCUUCAAAGGGAAGUACUUCUGGCGGCUGACCCGUAACAGGCACCUGGUGUCCUUUCAACCAGCGGAGAUCCAACGCUUCUGGCGAGGGUUGCCAGCCAACAUGGACAGUGUGGACUCGGUGUACGAGAGGACCUCUGACCACAAAAUCGUAUUUUUCAAAGGAGAUCGAUACUGGGUGUUCAAAGACAACAAUGUGGAAGAGAGUUACCCUCGUUUUAUCACUGACUUCGGCCUUUCUGUGAAGAGCGUUGAUGCUGCCUUUGUCUCUCCUCACAAUGAUAAGACCUAUUUCUUUAAGGACAAUCAGUAUUGGAGAUACGAUGACCGCCAGAGGAAAAUGGACCCUGCCUACCCAAAGGACACUGGCCUGUGGAAGGGUUUGCCCAACAGAGUUGACGAUGCAAUGAAAUGGUCUGAUGGAGCGACCUAUUUCUUCAAGGGGAAGGAUUACUGGAAAGUGACCCACAGUAACAUGGAAACGGACCCUGGUUAUCCGCAGUCAGUUGCCAAGGACUGGCUGGCAUGCAGCGAGAUGCAGGCAGACUCUUCGAUUUCAGAUCGGGCUCAGUCCCGACCUCGAACUGCCCCUGAUCACCAGGACGAGACCGGGUUAGCCAGUGAGAAAAGAAACUGCUCUUGUGCAUCUGCGGCUGAGACGUCUGGACUCGCAGCCGCACUGAGACAGAAGGUAAUGUUUGCCGUGGUCCUUGCAGCCUCAGUCUGCCUUGGGUUGGAUUAACGGGCCACCCUCAGUGUUCUGCCAAUAGCUUCACGCGCAGCAGUUAUGGAGAGAAUUAACCUUUACUGCCUGGCAUGGGAGAGUCUCAAAGUUCUACGGAGCAUCAGAAUGAAGAAUGCCACCAGCACUGGCUAACCGUGGCACGGAUCAGGAGGGAAGCCACGUUCCUAACAAAACUAUUCUGUGGAAGUGCGCUUUAUCAUCAGUGAAAAUUCAGACACUUUAUUUUUUUUAAGGCAAAACAGGAGCAGAAUCCAAGGACCACUCCUUGGUGGGAAUUGAGAGCCUCUGUUCCCAGCCACUUGUCCCCAGAAUUAAACACAUCCCGAGAUUAUUUAUAUAUAUAAAAUCACUUUUUUUCACUUGCUAGCCAAAGCUUUACUUGCCCAUUGGCUCCAUGAGGUAGAGGGCUGUGUUCAGGCAGUGACGAUGCUGACAGCAGACUGUAGGUGUCCAGAGUGAGCUUGGAGAUAAGUUGGCACUGGGAGACCACAUCAUGGGGAAUGUGGCAACUGUCCAUGAGUGCUGUGUGCUCAUCUCCCAUCGUGCUCACUGACCCAGACAGACUUCCAUCCGAAAAUUUUAUAAUCGAUCAGAAUAAUAUAAUUGACUUAUUUAUUUAUUCCUGGCCCCUGCUGUUUAUUGCUGAUCUGGGUCAAAAAUAUAUAACAAGGAAUGUGAGACACUGAAUAUAAUUCCCCAACAGGCCGCUUUAAAUUAAUUUUCAGCCUGAGUCCAGCAUUUUUUGCUCAUCCUGGAUACCCUGAAUGUUGAGCUACCCUGAACUUACUGUAAACAGAGACUGUUGGAAAUGUCAGGUCGGGCAGUGUCCACGGAGAGAGAAACAGAGUUGAUGUUUCAGGUCCGAGACCUUUCAUUAGAACUGUUACUAUGUGAGAACAAGUUACAGAGAGGAGGGGGAGAGAUGGACAGGACAAAGGGAAUAUCUGUGAUAGGGCGCGGUCAGAGUUACCCAGGUGAACCCGAUGUUACAGAGUAUCUGGUUAAUGGAUUAGAGGGGGAAUUUAGAGGAGGAAGAGGGAGUUUUUUCAGGAUUUGAUUUCAGAUUUAGCUGCUGUUGUUUGAUUCCCUUGGACCACGGCAGUCUGGGUGAAGCACCCUCCAGUUUUAUGUGGGCAGCAGCUCUUUCUUCAGCCUGCACUGAAUUUGAACAUCCCUGACAAGGUCAGCGUAUUUGGUUCCAACCCUCAUGGGCCUUGAACUGAGCCCUUUCAAGGGCCAGUCAACCAGAGUGUUAGGUCUGCAGUGACCUCCAGGCCAGAGUAGGUCAGCACAGCAGAUUUCCUCCAACCUCAAAGUCUCACGUCGCUUCUUAAUCCCAGAUUUUGUUUUAAAUUACUUUACUCCUCCAACUGACAUGUUGGACUUCAAACUCAUUUAUCCACGUCACGUGUCCAGAUUGUGGAUAUGACUGCAGUACGCUGAAUGCUCCAAUUUCAGGUAACUGCUCCCCCUCUGUGCCUUUCCCCUCUCCUCCUGAUCCAUCCAGUUCCUCCCACACCAUCCCCAGCCCCCAUCACCCUGUUUCUUUCCCCCCUCCACCCACUCUAUCUGCCCAUCACCCACACACCCCUCCCUCUGGGUCCCCUCCCCCCCGCUGUUCCCACCUGCCCCUCCCCACCCCCCUUAUUUGGUUCCAGGCUCCACCUUCUAUCAGAUCCCACCAUCUGCAGCCCUCUGUCCCCUCCACCUCUCUCCUCCCGGCCUCUGUCGCUGUUCCCACUCUCCCCUCUAUCAGUCCAGAUGAAGGGUCUCGACCCGAAAUGUCGACUGUCCGUUUCCCUCCACAGAUGCUGCUCGGCCCGCUGAGUUCCUAAAGCGUCUCUAGUUUGUUGCUCCAAAUUCCAGCAUCUGCAGUCUCUUGUUCCUGAACUUAACAAGCAUGUUGACCGCAUUACCUUGGACUAUCUAGACCAGACUUGGGUUAGGACCUCAUUGGAGAAGUCACGUUUACCCCAGCAGCCUAUUAGCUUCAGAAUCUUGGUUCAAACCACUUUCAUUUUCGAAAAGUACCAGUAGUCAGUUUCGAUCUCCCCAGGAUCCCCGCUCCCAUUCUUGAGCCUUGAAGUUGAUUUGUGACGGAGUUGUUGGUAUAAAAUUUAGAGAUCUUUUGCAGUGCAAUGAUUAUAAGAUGGAUGCCUACCUUUGCUUUGACCCCUUCUGCACCAAAAGGAUUUUGCCUAAGUAAGGCUUCAGUAAGUUGGCCCUUCUCCAAGUCCUCCUGAAUCUCCUGAGGGAUUAUUUCUGUAGAAGUGUGUGUACAUUCUAAACUACUCCAUAAAAUUCACUUGUGAAUUUUUAACUGUAGGCGUGGGUGGACUAUCUGACUUUGAGGGCGUCACUCCUUACCCGGCGAGCAUGGAUCCAGCCACUGUCCUGGGGUGAUGUCAGUUGACUCUGCUUUUGUUGUCCUGUGCCAUCCUUGGAGUUUAUCUUCAGUGACUCACACUGAUGGAUUGCAGUGUGCAGAUCGAAUUAGCAGCUCUGUUUCCCCAAAAUCCAUGCAGUAUUUCUGAUAGUCCUGAUAUCCAUGACGGAAAGACACCUCAAUUCUUGCUGAUGGAUGAGCACUAUCAGAUCAGUCUCCCCUGCUUUCCCACAGUAACUACCUGAAGACCUCGCACUGAAAUUCUUCAAUCAAUUCUUCCAACCCAGUGUAAGUGACUAGCUGUUGCCUGGUGGUUCUGAGGUGUGGGAGUGAGGGCAGAGGAAUGGUAGUUUACUGGUUAACUUACUGGACUAGUGAGCCAAGUGCUGCACCAUUGACCUGAACACGUGAGUUCAAAUCCCACCAAUGCAUCUGGGGAAUUCAGGGACACACAAGAGACUGCAGAUGCUGGAAUCUGGAGCAACAAACAAUCUGCUGGAGGAACUCAGCAGGCCAGGCAGCGACUGGACUGAUGAGUCCAGAUGAGUCCACCCCUCCACAGAUGCUGCCUGACCUGCUGAGUUCCUGCAGCAUUUGUUUGUAGCUGAGGAAUUUAAUUGGUUUUAAAGCUCAGCAUGAAGACCUUGAAGCUGGCAGAUUGUUGUAAAAACCCAUCUGUUCACCAGUGUCCUUCAUAGGAGGAGACUCACCGUCCUCUCCCACUCUGGCCUAUAUGUGACUCCAGACCCACCAACCUGGUUGAUGCUUAACUGCCAUCUUAGGGAUGGGCAAUAAAUGCUGGCGAACCUGUGAAUGAAUCCUGAAGAAAAGUUGGGAUUGGGAUUAGAUGGACAUUAAGGGGGAGGAUAUGGAGUUUAAUUUUCGUGCCCCUGCCUCUCCAUAUUUGGCGGGCUAUUUGUUUUUUUUAAGGCAUCUUUCACCACACCCUUAAACCAUGACAGAGGUUCUUGAUCUGCAGAGACUGUGACCUGAAAGACCCAGCAGUUCUGUCGGUGCAGCGGUGGGGAGUGUCAGCACUGCAGAACGUGCCCACUUCAGCUGCGAGCUUUGGUCACAUGUGGAGCUGGGAAUUGGUCAUUCAUCAGCCCACCAGACAGCAGACUGAUUGCUGCUGCCUGAGGGAUCUUGCUGUGUGUAAAAUGCAUUAAAAGGUCACGACCACACUUGAGUGAUUCAUUGUAAGGGAAGUGCUUGAAAUGGUGUCUGAGAGGCAAAAUUAAAGUCUUAGAGGAUCCCAG